AUGGGAGCUAUCAGCCGGACGGGAUGGGCGUCCGCCCCAGCAGCACUCAUUUGCACAGUCGUGGCAUUGCUCGGAGUGUCAGAUGCUCGGAAUCCCACGUCUGACGUGCCCAUCUACACCACCUCUGAUGUCGACGUAGGGACGGAGCGCCAUUGGACGCUUGUGCUGGAGGACGAUGCUACAGAUGAAGAGCUGGGUGGCAUUCGCCAGGAGUUUAACAACGGGCAGCACAGCCAUCCGGGCAGAGGCCAGAUGCCAUUUGUGGUGGGAAGCAUGACCAGAAACUCCCUCAACGCGCUGCUGGCGAGGCACAAGGGGCGAGUGAAGUUUGUUCAAGAGGACCAGUUUUCGAAAAGGGUCCCAGACAUGGAGACCGUCAAUUCAGAAGACGCGUACUCGGAGGGGCGAGCCUCCCGGACUUAUCCAUGGGGCAUCCAGUACGUCGGCGCGAACGUGGUUCGGCGGCGGGGCGCGGGAGUACAUGUGUACGUGUUAGACACGGGCAUUCGCAUUACCCAUAACGAGUUCGGCGGCCGCGCUUUCGCCGGAGUGGACGUCGCCUCCUCGGGAGAGUAUCCUGGCACUCUCACAGAGUGCGCGCCCCUCAGCACAACGUGCUCUGCAGAUGUCCAUGGGCACGGCAGCCACUGUGCGGGCACGGUGGGGGCUUCGACAUAUGGCGUCGCGAAUGGCGCGACCCUGUGGGCAAUGAAGGUCCUGAAUGAUGCAGGCUCUGGCUGGACCACAUGGUCCAUCUUAGCCGAGCAAUGGAUUCUGUCUUCCGGGAACAGGCCAGCGGUUGUCAGCAUCAGCAUCCAGGCCAACUACAAUGACCUGGCGGAGCAGACGUCGAUCGACAAUUUGGUAGCCGAUGGCGUGACCGUGGUGGUGGCUGCAGGAAACUCUAACCAAGACGCCUGCAGCUGGAAUCCAGCUUGGAUUCCGUCGGCGAUGACCGUUGCAGCCUUUGGCGGGACGUCGGGGACCUCAUGA